AUGGAGAAAUUACAGGAUUUUGGAUUGCAAUUUUAUUGUUUUUUUUUCGUCCUGUCAUCCAACAUCGUCGAGGGGAAGCUUCCGCAAACAUCUAGCAUUUUGUUAUCAGACAACAGACAGGUUCAACCUGCCUUGAACCUUCGUCGUCUUAUCCCCUCUAAAGAAAAAGGAAGAAAAAUGAGAAAACCAUUAUAA